UCCUUUCCAUACAUUAAAAGAAAUAAAAAAAAAACCAACAACGACAAAUAUAAAAAUGCCCAGUUAGAAGAGAGAGAAAAAAAUAGUUCAAGAAGAUUUGAACAAAACGCCAGAAAGUUCAGCCAAUUUUCCUUCCCAAUUUUCUCUGUCAGGCAAACAAGUCCACGAGCCCCUUACUCUCUCUCUUUCUUGAUAUAGAAAACUUUCUUUUUUCUUUUUUUUUUUCUUUGUCUACAGAUCCGCCGAUUCGUUAGCAUUUCGUACGAUGCCGUCUCGCCGUAGAACCCUCUUGAAGGUCAUCAUCCUCGGCGAUAGCGGGGUAGGGAAGACGUCUUUGAUGAAUCAAUAUGUAAAUAAGAAGUUUAGCAAUCAGUAUAAGGCGACAAUCGGGGCCGAUUUUUUGACAAAGGAAGUGCAGUUUGAGGAUAGGCUUUUCACCUUACAGAUCUGGGAUACCGCUGGCCAGGAAAGAUUCCAGAGCUUAGGUGUUGCUUUCUACCGUGGUGCUGAUUGCUGUGUUCUUGUGUAUGAUGUCAACUCAAUGAAAUCCUUUGACAACCUUAACAACUGGAGAGAAGAAUUUCUUAUUCAGGCUAGCCCGUCAGAUCCAGAGAAUUUCCCAUUUGUUGUUUUGGGUAACAAAAUUGAUGUGGAAGGCGGAAACAGUAGAGUGGUGUCUGAGAAAAAGGCCCGAGCAUGGUGUGCCUCAAAAGGAAAUAUCCCAUAUUUUGAGACCUCAGCCAAGGAGGGAGUUAAUGUGGAAGAAGCUUUCCAGUGCAUAGCCAAGAAUGCCCUAAAGAGCGGGGAAGAGGAAGAAAUAUACUUGCCUGACACCAUCGACGUUGCAAGCAGCAGCCAACCAAGGUCAAGUGGAUGCGAAUGUUGAAAUAUAUCAUGUGAUUUUUUCUGGCUGCGGCAAUAAAUGUCUUUCAAGUGUUACAAAUGAUUUGGCCUUAUCAACCAUUGUUAUGGAUUAAUAUGGGGCUACACUGUAUAUUAAUGUUUGUGUGAGAAACAAAAUAGUCUGUUGCUAAUGCACUGGUUGGUGCAUUUGUAAUGCCCUCAUUUGUUUGACAUUCUUGUAUUUGCUCAGCACCACCCAAGUAUUGUUUCGCAAGUGAACGUAAAUUGUAUUUGUAGGGUAUUUCAAUUUUUCAAACAAGGAUUGUCUCCUGUUUCACCUUCAGACAAAA